UUUAUCAAAAUUGCUGCCAGAACCUUCUCUAUUAGCUCUCCACAACCACACAAAGCUUCGCGCCACGACGCUCUCUCGCCUCUCUGCUGCUUUAGCGUUCGCGCGCGCGCGCUGCGGCUGGCUGGCUGGACCAAGCUAAUAGCUAUGGACACCGUCGUGGCGGCCGCGACGACGGGAUCGAGACGGUGGCUGCCGUGGGCGCGGCGGCAGGCGGCGGCGUACCUGGCGGCGGCCGGGGGAGGCGACGACGGGUGGGCGGCGUGCGCGGCGUCGGCGGUGCGGAUCGUGGUGUGCUUCGUGUCCAUGAUGGCGACGACGGCGGCGUGGGCGGUGGUGAUGCUGCUGCUGCUGCCGUGGCCCUGCGCGCGCAUCCGGCAGGGCAACCUCUACGGCCACGUCACCGGCCGCAUGCUGAUGUGGAUUCUGGGGAAUCCGAUCAAGCUGGAAGGGAUGGAGAACCUGAACACGAGGGGAAUCUUCAUCUGCAACCACGCUUCGCCGCUCGACAUCUUCCUCGUCAUGUGGCUGGCUCCGACCGGCACUGUCGGAAUCGCCAAAAAGGAGAUCAUCUGGUACCCACUGUUCGGGCAGCUCUACGUGCUGGCCAAUCACCUCCGCAUCCACCGCUCUAACCCUGCCGCUGCAAUCGAGUCAAUGAAAGAGGUUGCUCGUGCAGUUACCAAGAACAACCUAUCACUGAUCCUGUUCCCAGAGGACACACGGUCCAAAACCGGAAGGCUACUCCCCUUCAAGAAGGGGUUCGUGCACACGGCCCUGCAGACGAGGCUGCCGAUCGUGCCGAUGGUGGUGACCGGCACGCACCUGGCGUGGAGGAAGAACAGCCUGCGGGUCAGGCCGGCGCCGCUCACCGUGAAGGUGCUGCCGCCGAUCGAGACGGACGGGUGGGUGGAGGAGAGGAUCGACGAGUAUGUGGAGAUGGUGCACUCGCUGUACGCCGACAGCCUCCCGGACUCGCAGAAGCCGCUCGAGCCUGUGAACACCGGGAAGAAGAAGAUGAGCUAAGUUCACGGUUAGUUAACGCACACACGGUGACAAUGGGUGUAGUUUUGUGCAUACGCGCUGUGCUGAUUGUUGUAUAGAUUGGUGUGUGCGUGAUAUACAUGCUUGAUUUGGGGAUUUGUAGAUGCAACAGAAGGUUAAAAAAAGGUUAUUGAUUUUGUGAGCACAUGAAGCAUUGAGCUUGUAUUUGGGUGCCAAUGCUGUCUUCAGCCCUUCUGCGGAUCAUAUUUUCGUUCUUUUC